AUGAGGAUAUUCCAUACUUAUUGGUUAGUUCUUAGACAAUUUGCCUUACAGAAUACAAUGGAGACAGUCGAAAAUUCUGCACGAAGAGGCGAAUAUAAAGCACUUUAUAUAGAAGAAUAUUUAUACCACUAUGUAGACAAUAAGUGGACUCAGAGUUUUUUACCUUACACUGUUCCUAUAUCGCUUGCAUACGUAAUAAUUAUCUUUUCUUUGCAAAAUUAUAUGAAGUCCCGGCCUCCGUUUCAGCUUCGUUGGCCUCUUGUCAUCUGGAAUAUACUACUGGCGGCAUUCAGUAUUUGUGGCACCUUAAGAUUGCUUCCAGGAUUGUGGAUUUCACUCCGAGAGUACGGAUUUACGUUCUCCGUGUGCAAUCUUAGCUUUGCAUUAAAAUAUCACCCGCUUGCAUUCUGGUUAUCGUUAUUUACAUGGUCAAAAGUUAUUGAAUUCGGUGAUACAUUAUUUAUUAUCCUUCGUAAACGGAAGCUAACGUUUCUGCAUUGGUAUCAUCACUGUUUAACUCUGAUUAUUACGUGGUAUGUCAAUUCCACCGAAGCGUCUACUGUGUAUUGGUUCGCUACAACGAACAUGUUUGUACACAGCUUCAUGUAUACUUAUUACGCUGUGACGGCGAUGAAGGUCAAAGUACCUGUGUUUAUUGCAAUGACCAUUACUACAAUGCAAAUUGCCCAAAUGUUUAUGGGUUGUUUUGUUAAUUUGUUAGCGGCAUACGUGUAUUAUAGCGGAAAAUAUUGCGAGCAGACCAUUAUGAGUCUGUUUUUGUUGAUUUUUUUAUAUGCUUCACUUGGUUGGUUGUUUUGUCGCUUUUUUCGAGAUUCAUAUUACAAGAGAACAAAUCGUAGUAAUUUACUGUAUGAAAAAUAUCAGUAAGAGAAGCGU